AACUUACAUUUCCGUCCUCUUUUCUCUUCUUCUUCUUCUUCUUCUUCUUCUUCUUCUUCUCUCUCUCUCUCUCUCUCUCUCUCUCUCUCUCUCUCUCUCUCUCUUUCUCAGUAUAUAUACAAAAGGUAAUCCGUUUCUAUACUUGUUGUAUAUGCUCUGUGCGCUACUCCUGCUGAGUUUAGCGGAUAAGGUUGUAGUCCAGUCACCGGAGUUGUAAGUAGUUGUGCGCAGCCGCCACUUUUAUCGGGUCGGGAGGAAGAGAAGGAGGAGGGUUCAGGGGAAUAAGUAGAGAUGAAAUACGUGUUGGUAACCGGGGGAGUGGUGAGCGGGCUGGGAAAAGGAGUCACAGCUAGCAGUAUCGGCCUCAUCCUUCAGGCCUGUGGACUCCGCGUCACUUCCAUCAAGAUUGAUCCAUAUUUGAAUACCGAUGCGGGAACAAUGUCUCCCUUUGAGCAUGGUGAAGUAUUUGUCUUGGAUGAUGGUGGAGAGGUUGACCUUGAUCUUGGAAACUAUGAGCGGUUCCUUGAUAUUAAGUUGACACGGGACAACAAUAUUACCACUGGGAAAAUUUACCAGUCUGUGAUUGAUAAGGAGAGAAGAGGAGAUUAUUUGGGAAAAACUGUUCAGGUUGUGCCUCACAUUACAGAUGCCAUUCAAGAAUGGAUUGAACGUGUUGCAGCCAUCCCAGUAGAUGGAAAAGACGGUCCAGCUGAUGUUUGUGUCAUAGAAUUGGGUGGCACUAUAGGGGAUAUUGAAUCAAUGCCAUUUAUUGAAGCCUUAGGACAAUUCUCAUAUCGCGUUGGUGCUGGGAACUUUUGUUUGGUACAUGUCAGUCUUGUGCCAGUUUUGAAUGUGGUUGGUGAGCAGAAAACAAAGCCAACCCAGCACAGUGUCAGGGGGUUGAGAAGCCUGGGAUUAACACCAAAUAUUUUAGCAUGCCGGAGCACAAAGAAACUUGCUGAGGAUGUCAAGGAUAAAAUUUCCAGGUUUUGCCAUGUUCCGGUAGAAAAUGUCAUUACUCUUUAUGAUGUUUCAAACAUCUGGCAUGUUCCUUUGCUUUUGAGAGACCAGAAGGCACAUGAAGCAAUUUUGAGAGUGCUGAAUCUUAAAGGAGUUGUUAAGGAACCUGUCUUUGGAGAAUGGAUACGGAGGGCUGAGCUUUGUGACAAGUUACAUGACCCAGUUAGAGUUGCCAUGGUUGGAAAAUACACGGGACUUUCAGAUUCUUACCUUUCUGUUCUGAAGGCUCUUUUGCAUGCUUCUGUUGCUUGUCACAGGAAACUUUGUGUAGAUUGGGUUCCAGCUGGAGACCUUGAAGACAUUACUGCAGAAGAGAAUCCUGACAAUUAUGAGAGAGCUUGGAAACUAUUAAAGGGUGCAGAUGCUGUACUUGUUCCUGGAGGAUUUGGCGACAGGGGAGUGGAGGGAAAAAUACUUGCAGCUAAGUAUGCUCGUCGAAACCGGAUUCCUUACCUCGGAAUAUGUCUGGGAAUGCAAAUUGCUGUAAUUGAGUUUGCUCGAUCGGUUCUUGGUUUGAAAGAUGCAAACAGCACAGAAUUCGAUCCUAAUACCCCUAACCCAUGUGUUAUUUUUAUGCCAGAGGGUUCAAAAACCCAUAUGGGGGGGACUAUGCGGCUUGGAUCAAGGAGGACAUAUUUUCAGGAUUUGGACUGCAUAUCUGCAAAAUUAUAUGGCAAUAAGAAAUCCAUUGAUGAAAGACAUCGCCAUAGAUAUGAGGUGAACCCUGAGAUGGUAGAGCAGCUUGAAGAUGCUGGUCUCCGUUUUACAGGCAAAGAUGAAAGCGGUAGUCGCAUGGAGAUUAUUGAACUUCCUACUCAUCCUUACUUCGUCGGUGCUCAAUUUCAUCCCGAGUUCAAAUCAAGACCCGGAAAACCUUCUGCACUCUUCUUAGGGCUUAUAGCAGCAGCAUGUGGGCAACUGGAUGUUCUCCUAAAGAAGGAAGUGCCAAAGGUGCAUAGCAUAAACAGCAGCAAUGGUAAGACCUUAAUAAAGCACAAAUUCACAAAUGGACCCAUCCUUGCCAAUGCAUCUUUUGAAGUAUACUGCAACGGGAAUGGGAUCCACGUCUAAAGAGUGAGAUAUAGAUAUUCUGCAGCAGCGCUACCAUUUUCUAUAGGCUGUUUUGUAUGGAUUUUGGUAUUGAAUUUGUAUGUAUAGUUAUGGUAGAGUGAGAGAUAUUCUGCAGCAGAUUGGUUGCCUUGUUUAACUCAUAGGGUAGUAGUGUAGAGCUGGAUUCCGGUCUUUUUGUACGGAACAGGCCUCUUUUGGAAGAUUGAAGAUUAGUGCAGGCCUGAUGAAGAAGGGGAUUUAGAUGAUUACAUCUAAUCUGAUUUACGAUUUUAUAUAGCUUGGGAUUGUGAUUAGGAAACCAAAAAAGGAUUGCGUCCUCAUAGCCCAGUGAUGUCUGUAUUACAUUCCAUUACUACAGGGUAAUGCUGCUAAAAAAAUCAAUACAUGUAAUUGGAUGAAGUCCUUUAGCAAGAUGGGUGCUUUGAUCGACUGUUUUGCUGUGUAUGAACCCAGUUAAUUUCUUUCUACAUCUGAUUUUUUUUUUU